GCAAGCAAGGUAUUGGAAGGUAGAAGGAUUGCUUUAAGUAGCUGAGUAGGAUCACCGCCAAACCCACGCGGGAGCCAGCUCUGCUUCAAUGGCCUUACAGGCAGCUGCCCAAUCUACCACUGGAAUGUCACCCCACAAGCAGGAUUUGCGCCAGAGGCCACGUCCUAGAAGGAAAAGGACCAACAGGAAAAGAAAUCACUCCUUAGAGGUGAUAAAGUCUCACCCAGACUUGGUCAUCCGCAUAAAAGAUGUGACUCUCGGCGAAGAAGAACGAAAUAAUAUGAACUCGGAGAAGAGAAUGCUGGAGAAGAAAAGAGUGACAAAGGCUGCCUAUGCUCUGUUAAACUCCGGAGGAGGAGUGAUUGAGAUACAAAUGGCCAAUAAGAGUGAGCAGCCCGUGGAGAUGGGACAGGAUUUGGAACAGGCUUUGAGAGAUCUUGUCCAGUCUUUGGGGCGAUCUGCUCUCGGUGUUGUGCGCCGGUCCCUGCUGUCUGCUGACGCCUGCGCCGGUCUGCUGCAGCCUGCACCGGUGGUCUGCCGCCCUGCCUGGGCCUGUGCCGGUACUCUGCCCAAGGACUUCUUUUUUGGCACACACAUGCAGAUGCCACAGUUCACACAUGGAGUAGAAGAAUAUACAAACACUUAUUUGAAAUCUUGUUUAUUCUUCCCAUGUCCAGUGUCACCAAGAUGUUUGAAAUAUACUCCUGAAUCCCUCUGGAAGGAGCUGUGCUCACAGAAUGAGGGACUGAAGGACUUAUUAAGCCAGCAAAUGUGCUCUGUCCCCUGUGGUCUGCUGAUCCUCUCGAGAAGCUGGGCUGUGGACCUGAACUUGGAAGAGAGGCAGGGAGUCAUCUGUGAUGCUCUGCUGAUUGCAGAGAAUAGCCCUCCCACCCUCUACACCAUCUUUGGGCAGCAGGAUGAGGGGGCACAGGACUACUGUACCCACACUGCCUUUACUCUCAAGCAGAAGCUAGUGAACACUGGUGGCUACACUGGGAGGGUGUGCGUCACGACCAAGGUUCUCUGCCUGGAAUCCAAGACCAAUGAAGAGACCAGUGAGAGGUCACCCUCUCCUAUAGAUUACCCACCCUCCUAUAACCUUGCAAACACCCAGGAGAUGGAAGCCUUGCUGCAGGCGCUUGUGAUUGUCUUGCUCAACUUCAGAUCUUUCUUGAGUGACCAGCUUGGCUGUGAAAUUUUGAAUCUUCUCACAGCCCAACAGUAUGAGAUAUUCUCAAAAAAUCUCCGCAAAAACAAGGAACUGUUUGUGCAUGGCUUACCAGGGUCAGGCAAGACAGUCAUGGCCAUCAAGAUCAUGGAAAAGAUAAGGAACACAUUUCAUUGUGAAGCAGAUAGAAUUCUCUACAUCUGUGAGAAUCAGCGCCUGAGGGAUUUGAUCAGGGCAAAAAAUAUUUGCCAGGCAGUGACCCGGAAAACUUUCAUGAAAAUUGAGUUUGAGACAGACAUGAUCCAACACAUCAUUGUUGAUGAAGCCCAGAAUUUCCGCACUGAAAAUGGGGACUGGUAUAAGAAGGCAAAGCUCAUCACUCAGAGAGAGAAAGAUUGUCCCGGAAUUCUCUGGAUCUUUCUGGACUAUUUUCAGACCAGCCACAUGCAACAGAGUGGCCUCCCACUUUUCUCAUGCCAGUAUCCAAAGGAAGAGCUCACAAGAGUGGUACGCAAUGCAGAUAAAAUAGCUGAGUUCUUGCAGAAGAAGUUAGAGGAAAUCAGAGAUAACCCUCCAUGCACAAUCCCUUCUGAGUCCCUGGAGAUGCUCAAUGAAUUUACCUGGGCUCAUGGUGUAACAGGCAGCUUUGAGCUCAGACACUUGAGCUUGAGAGAGAUGGUGAACUAUGUAGCAAAUAAGUGCAACUCCUUCUUGAGGAGUGGCUACUCUCCCCACGAUAUCGCUGUGCUUUUCAGCACGGAAGAGGAAAGAAAUAUAUAUAAAGAUCAGUUCCUGAGAGAAAUGAGGAAGAGGAGAGUGUCUCAGAUGGAUGAUGCAUUUGUCUAUCCUCCUGAUAUGUUUGACAGCAUCCAUCGAUUCUCAGGCCUAGAAAAAAGCAUUGUGUUUGGAAUUAACCCCCGUUCAGUUGAACCGGGCAUUUUCUGCAACCUAUUGCUCUGCUUGGCUUCCAGAGCAAGGAAACAUCUGUAUAUUCUGAUGUUUCCUGAUUAUUCUACCUCUAUCAGGAUGUAGCUCAGUAGCUGAAUGGGAUGCAUGAGGUCCUAGGCUCAUUCUCUAGGCAAAACCUAGUUGAGGGUUUUCAGUACAAGAAGAAAGAUAAAGAUACAACAAAAUUCUUGUCCUACAGUUUCAGAAAAUGCUGACAAAAAAUAUUCAGUGGACAUUAAAACUCACUGUGGAUCUGAGGCUGACAACAAAGUUGAAGAAAACCCUGGGAAAAUUAUGUACAUUUGACACAUGCUGUGAAAAUAUUGGAACCAAAAGGAUUGAAACUAGAUAAAAGCUAUGCAAUAUAUUAAGCCAUAUCUUAUUUUUAAAACAGGCUUUGACUUUAAAUUGAUAAAUACAUUUAUGAAAAUUUAAUACAUUUACAAGUUUAAAGAUAAAGACUAAAAACAACCAGUCUCCAAAAAGAAAACCUGGGCCCACCCUGCACUUUGCAGCACCAGCAAAGCAGGUGUAGGAGAGUCAACACAGAAAUUGUUACUAUGGGAGAAUGUUUCCGUUUCCCAUUUAGUGGGACCAACCUCAGCUGCCCAGGACCCCACCAGGAGUUAUGCCUGGACUGCUCCAACAUCCAUGAUCUGCUGGAGCACAGUGUGGGGACCUGACCCACAGACCCAAAGCUGCAGGAUCUCCACAGCACAGGGCAGCAGUGGGAUGUCCAGGAGUGUCACUCAGACUUUGACAUCAUAAGGGCCUCUUCCUUACAGUGAUGCUAAUUGGGAGUGGUAGGGUCUUUAGGGGAUGUCCCUGUGGAGACUCUCAGGAAAAUCCCCUAAGAGUAUAAACAGGGCACAAUAGGAGCUGUAGGACAGAAAAGGACUCAUAGCUCACCCAUCACAGAAACUUUGUCUUUUGAUUAGAACGGAUUUAAGAGAAUUGUGCUUUCACAAACUGUGUGUUUAUGCUAGAGUUAUGGUAUUGACCUGUUAAUGUUUGUAGUUUAUUAUGAAGAUGCUACUGAUUAGAAAAAGAGUAGAGCUUGUCUGAGAAAAUUUUAAUAUGAUAUAUCCUUAGAUUUGAUAUGUUUAAAAGAACAAAUUUGGAUUUUGAUUGUAGCUACAAACUGUUAAAGAUAUUGUGAGGAUCAAAUUUGAACUAAACUAGGACCACUCCUCUUAUCUAUGAUCUCAAGUCCCCCCAAGUUCCUAGAAUGAGUCCAACACCCUGGGUAUGACUGAUGAGGUUACAAUUGGUCACUGACCAUGACUAAUGACAGCUACUAACCACGCCUGAUGUAUUUUUAUCUAUUUUACUCUUUAAUUCUGUGCUUCUCCUUGCCAUAAAGAAUCAGGUUAAAUGUCAGCUACCCCAAGACCUCUGACAAGGCUGUGAUCCACUUGUGGUUUUUCCUAUGUAAAUGCUGACCUGUAAAUGCUCAGGACCGCUCUCCUCCACCCACUGCACUGGAGUGUUGGACAGUGGACGAAGUUUGGGGUUGUAAUAAACCUGUUUGUGUUUGCUUCGAA